AUGUUCAGUUUCGGAUCCACAAAUAAUAAUGUGGGCGGUUCCGGCACUGGAAGUACUCUCUUUGGGAGCAAACCUUCUGGAGGCGCAUCGUUUUCCUUUGGCCAAAACAGCACUGGUAAUGCUCAACAAGCUGCACAGCAACCUGUAGGUAGUUCCACAGGAUUUGGAUUCGGUAACAAUCAACCCGGUACGCAAAACACGGGCUUGUUCACAGGGGGCCAACAGAGUAACGUAAAGGCAGGCAGUCCGUUUGGCAACUCAACUACUAGUGGUGCAGCUGCCAACACCGGCACUGGGCUCUUUGGAAAUAAUCCGGGUUCUACAAAUAACAAUGCAUCUUUACUGGGUCAACAAUCAGCUACAGGUGGUGGGCUAUUUGGCAAUAAGAAACCUACGAAUGGCCUUUAUGGAAGUUCUAAUCAGACUUCUCAGACCUCCCAGAACAAUAGCGGGGGUGGGCUAUUCAACAACAGUCAAAACAACCAGACUGCUCCUGGUGGUGGAUUAUUUGGAAAUAACAAUCAGAGAAAUGCAGGUGGUGGUGGAUUGUUUGGCAACACCAAUCAGAGCACUACGGGUGCAUCGGGCGGUGGUGGAUUAUUUGGUAAUGCCAACCAGAGUACUGCGGGAACAUCUGGUGGCGGUGGGUUGUUUGGUAAUGCUAACCAAACAACUGCAAAUACAUCUACCGGUGGUGGCUUAUUUGGAAAUACCAAUCAGAACUCUACUGGCGCAUCUAGUGGCGGAGGGUUAUUUGGUAACACAGGCCAAAAUUCGGGGAGUUUGUUUAAUCAAGCUGGAAAUAAUACUAAUAACUCUCUUUUUGGAAAUAGUAAUACCGGGGUGUCGACAGGAGGUGGCCUUUUUGGGAACCAGUCUGGUUCUUUAGGAAAUCAGCAGACUUCAAGUACAGCAACAACAGGAGGUCUGUUUGGUAGUAAACCACAAAAUACCACAGGGGGUGGCCUCUUUGGCCAAGGUAAUACAGCAAGUGGUUUGUUUAAUCAAACCAAUGGCCAAUCCGAGGCUCAAUCUCAACAAGGAAAAUUUGGUGCAAAUUUUUCCACUUCAACACAACCAUUAUUCGCCUGGUCAAACUCACAACCAAACCAGUCUGUCUCACAACAACAGCAGCAGCAGCAGCUACAACAACAACAAUUACAGCAGCAACAAAAUCAAUUAUUUCAGCAACCCCAACAGCUGCAUUUACAGCAACAAACGAACUACCCUCUACAAAUACAGGAGCAAGUGAUAAAAUGCAAAGAAUCUUGGGAUCCAACUUCAAGCAAUACGAAACUAAGAGGUUUUGUUUACAAUAAAAUAAAUGAGAACGAAGCCAUGCUAUAUCAUAAACCCCCAUAUGUGAGUCAAGAGGAAUGGGACAAUGUUUCAGACAAAAAACCUUCAGCGUCAUUCACUCCAGCGGAAAUACUCGGGUUUGAAGGAUUAAAUCAACGUACACAAUUGCAACGAGAAAAUGUGGCUCAAGCUAGAUUAAUAUUGAAUCAAAUAUUGGAAAAAUUCACUCAGUUACAGCAAAAGCAUGAAUUAGAUACUGCUGCAAGAAUACUGAAGGCACGAUCGAGAAAUAUUCAAAUAGAAAAGAGAAUUCUACGUGUGGGCACACAAUUGGCUAUUUUAAAAAGCAGAGGGCUGCCAUUAAGUGUCUCAGAAGAAAAAAUGUGGUCUCAAUUCCAAUCACUGUUACAGCGUGGUAACGAUCCUGCUGGAUUGGGUAAGACAAAUGAGUUAUGGGCUCGUCUAGCAGUACUCAAAGAACGCGCUAAGAAUAUAUCCGAUCAAUUAAACAGUACUUUGGUUGUUGUAAGUGAAAAUGGUGGGGCACUCUCCAAUUCGAUUCAAAACGAAGAGGAAAAUAACACGAAAAGGGCAGAUGAAGAGGUCGAAAAGAGGAUUGAUAAAGUCGUCGAAACGUUGAGCAGUCAGCAGCGCGGUAUAUCCUAUUUGAGCAGCGUUCUUGAAAAAGAUCACAAAACCGUGGAUAGAAUAUUAAAUAAUAGGUCAUCUAGAUAA